UGAGCUAGUCAGUCUAUUGGGAAGUUUACAAGAGAAACAGCCGAAUAUCAAACCCAAUAACGAAGCGUCAAUUGCAGCAACGGAGAAUCCUGUUGGAGAAAUUGUAAACAUAAUGAACGAAGAAGACCACAAAAACCCAAUUACCGUUACGUAUCUUCAAAAGCUAAACGAUCCGAUAUCAAAGCUGAUAAAACAACUCGAUUCAAAAGACGACCAAUCGCAAUUACGAAGCAGUUGGGCCAAGUACAUGAUGCCUACAUUUACACGAAUAUCUGGACAACUAUGGCAAGUGGUUCUGGCGAGAGAGAUGGCCAAGUUAAGAGAAUUUAGCAAACAUUUCAGUUUGCAUCUGGUUAGACGAAAGUGGGUUCACCAGUCUGAAAGAAUAUAUAACCAAUCUCCCGACCCAUACUCGUUCUAUUUCUGGAAUGGAGACAAUAUAACCAAAGAUCCGUAUUACACAGCUAAUGAAACUCAUAUACCAUGUAAGCAAACAUAAAGACUUUAUGUAUCUUAAUCACAUAUGCCCAGAACCGCAUCGUCACGUCCAGUGCUCGAAAGGGUUUUCAUUUUAA